AUGUUAUCCUCCCUUAAUCUCACAAUGACAGAAACAAACCAAACUCCAGCAGAUACGGAAAAUGAAGAUGAUGAAUUUGAAGUGGAAGAUGUACUGGAUUUUAAGUAUGUAAAAGGAAAGCCCAAAUAUUUGAUCAAGUGGAAGGGAUACCCUCCAGAAGAUAACACAUGGGAACCUGAGGAAAACAUGACACAUCUCCCUGAUUUUGCUGAUAAGAUGAAAUCUUUGAGGCAAAAGUAUGACGAAUCAAAAUCAAAUAAGUCAAGAAGCCAGAGUUCUGAUAAUCUAUCCUCGCCAAAAGUCUAUAAAAGUGAAGAAUCGGCUUCAGAAAAAAAGAGAAAAAGGACGUCGGACGAUAAGGUUAAAUCCUCAGAAGAUGAUAAAGAAACUGAAAAAACGUUAAAGAACAAGGUACAAGAAAAUGAAAAGGUGCCAAAAAGGAAAGAUGAUAAAAAAGAAAAACAAUUAUCUGAAGAUAAGUUAGAUGGAAAAAAGGAUAAAAAUAAGGAAACUGAUAACCAAAAAACAACCCUGAUAGAGCAGAAUAGUAAGGAGAUAAAAAACCUGAAAUUUACCGAUUUAAACUUAAAAAACAAUAAAGAAUCGAAGAAUAAAUCCCAUCUUCUUCACCAAGGAUUCGCUGAAGAAGCAGUUGAAGUCGAAGACCUCUUAGACUACAAACCAAAAUUUAAGAGAGAUUACUUUUUAGUAAGAUGGAAAGGUGAUUGGGAAGAUUCAUGGGAGCCCAGAGAAAACUUACUGAUAGUCGGGGAACUUACAAAUAAAAUGAAUGACCUUAAAAUGAGUUAUUUGAGAGUAUACGGAAACGCGGAAAUGGAUAAUGAUGUUUUUGUAGUCAUUCAAUCGAUAAGAAUUAGCGGGAACGCAACAUUAUCAGCUGUAGUUGUUGAAGUUACUAGGGAUAGUGAAAAGAGAACUUUGUUUCCCUUGCAAGAGGUUAGACAAAGAUGGCCACAGCAAUUACUUGAUUUCCUUCUAUCGAGACUUAGACUCAAAACUUCUUAA